CGUUGAUUUCAAUUAGUCAAUAAUUUUCUUCCGCCAAAAUAUUGACAAUUCCAAACAGAAUGUACGAAAGUUUAUUUUAGAAAUUAUUAGGUAAUUCUAACAUAAAGUACAAUGAGUAACAACACGAAAAGAAAAAUUCUAUCAAAACCUUCUAAAGAAGUUGAUAAGCAAAAUGAAAAUGAAGCUGGUCCAAGUCGAAUCAACCUCGAAAAUAUUGAUGACUUCACAAAUGUCUGUCGCACCUGUGCAGCUGUUACAGAAUUUGUUGUACCGAUCUUCAUAGGAGAAGGCUUACAGAAUAAAUUAGCUGAUAAAAUACACAAAUAUCUUCCUAUUCAGGUAUCAGAAGAAGAUGUUUUACCACAGGUGGUCUGUUACCAAUGUGUCAGCACACUUAUAUCCUGGCAUGAUCUUGUGGAAAACUGUUCUCUGGCCGACAUCGCACUCAAGAACAAGCUUGAUGAAUUUCUUGCAGAUGAAAACAGUAAAAUCAAUAAAAUAAUAAAUGACAAAAAAGGGAAGUAA